UUAAAGCCAUAUUUCCGAUAGCAUCGAUACAAAUUAUAUUUGCAAUUUGGUGAUGGAUUCCCAUAGCUAUAAAAGCCGGAAGGCUUUUUUACAAUCAACAGACAUCAUAAGUCAUGUUUUUGAAGAGUGUCAUUUUGCUGCAAAUCCUUUUGGCGCUUUGCCAUGGCGGUUUGGCUGAGAAAAUGAUGCGGCCCAAGUUCAAGGAUAUCAAGAUCUGGAGUGACGAGAAGAUGGUGAGCCACAAGGUGGCCUACGACAAUUCGGAUCCGCAUUUGAACUUUUCCAUGGAAGUGCACCAGGAGCUGCACGAUGUGGAUGUGCACUUGGAAGUGCGUAUAUCUAACAAACUGGAUCCAUACUACACAACCACUCUGAACACCACCAUAAAUGUUUGCCGAAUCCUCGGCUUUGCCAACAAAUCACCAGUGGGCCGUUUUGUGCACGGUUUCAUACGUGAAUACGGCAACAUUGUUGAUAGCUGUCCGAUCGCCAAGGGUAAAUACAAAUUUCGACACUUACGCUUUAAUCGAAAAUUACAGGGCUCAUACUACAUCAACAAGUUCUGGUGGCCAGAAGAUCCAACAACGGCCAUUCUGCCUGAACUCGAGUUUGAUAUUCAGUUUGAGGCCCUGCAUCUGGAUGCCAACAAGAAGCGCACGGUGAUCAUGAACGAUCACAUUUCUGGCGAGUUCAAUGUUCAAGAUGUCAGCAAUCUAAAGCCCGGUAUUUUCGCCAUGCUGCCCAAGACGAGCUAAACCAAAUAAUUCAUGCAACUCCAAUUUAACCAGUUUCUUUUUUAAACAAGCACUUUUAAUGUUUCAAUGGUAUUUCUUAAAUUUGUCUAACGGUUUUUUCUUAAAUGUAGUGAAAAGCAAUACAUUUGCUAAUAAGCGCAAACAACACCUUCA